GAGGAGCGCAUCAGCUUGGAUGCCAUCAGAGAGGUGGUCAGGGGGGAGAUCGGAGUCAGCACGGCCACCCUGCGCACCGAGAUUGGGGCGCGCAUGGACAGAGUGGAGACGGGGGUGACGGCCCAGCUGGAACGAACCCUGGAAAGGUUGCAGACCAUCACGGCCCAGCAGCGAGACCAGCAGCAAACCGUUGAAGCAAUCCAGGGGAACCAGCAACGUAUGAAUGCCCGCCUGCAGACGCUUGAGGCCAAAGUCCAGACCCUGCAGCAGUCGGGGACGGGGAGCACAGUGGACACUGAGUCCGGGGGCAGGAAGCCGGACCUCCGAGUCGAUGUCGACCUCGACCAGGCCUUUGUCCCGUGGGUCCGCAGAGGCUACGCCAUCCUGCCGUACGGCUGCAGGGAAAACGAGUCGGCCCAGGACCUGCGAGAAAGACUGUCGGGGGCACUCCGUCGGGUCAGACAAGCCAACAUCGCAAUGGGGACCAACUCGGAAGGGAAGACCCGCUACCUUUGGAUGCAACUCUCGCAGUCCCCGGAACGGCGCCGACGAGUACAACUUGCGGGGAAAUGCAAAAGACUAUGCUUGAGCUUCGGGGCCGCCCUCAACCAGAUCGAGACGGAAUGGCCGACGGGGACGGUGUGGUUCAAGGGGACCAGAGUGUGCUCAGCCACCACCACCAAGCCGGCGCAGCCCCAGGAAGCAGGAUGGAUCAACGUCAAGGCCAUUGCCCGGGGGCUCGGCGGGAUGUGGAGUUUGAGCAGAGACGGGGGAGGCUAG